AUGAAAUUCAACAUCGCCAACCCCGCUACGGGGCAGCAAAAGCUCAUAGACGUUGACGAUGAACGUAAAUAUCGGUUUGUCUAUGACAAAAAGAUCUCGCAAGAGGUUCCCGCCGACACACCCUUGGGCCCGAAUACGCUGGCUACGUCUUCCGCAUCACUGCGAGUUCGCCUCCUUCUCUCUGACGGCCACUCUUGCUAUCGAAUCCGUCGUACUGGCGAACGCAAGCGCAAGUCCGUUCGCGGAUGCAUCGUUGGCCCCGACAUUGCCGUUCUGUCUGUUGUGCUCGUCAAACAGGGUGACGCCGACAUUGCAGGACUGACCGACAACGUCCUCCCCAAGCGUCUCGGCCCCAAGCGCGCGACUAAAAUCAAGCGCAUGUUCAACCUCGGCAAGGAGGACGAUGUUCGCAAGUAUGUAGUCCGUCGGGAAGUUACUCCCAAGAAGGAGGGAAAGAAGCCAUACACCAAAGCGCCCAAGAUCCAGCGCUUGGUUACCCCCACCCGUCUUCAGCGCCGUCGUCAUCUCAAGUCGCUGGUUCGCCGGAGAACCGAGCGCCAAAAGGAGCAGAAAACGGAGUACGACACGCUCAUCGCUAAACGUGUUGCGGAUAAAAAGGCCAAGGUCGCUGCUCUCAAAGCGGCACACCACAAGCCUACGACCGCUUAA